GACGCGGCAGUUGCGUGUAUAAACCGUAUGCAACUAGAAUUACGAGUGUUUUUAAACGGUGCAGCGUCAGUUUUGUUUUUGCAGUGAAUGUGACUGUUUUUAGUUUACAAUAAACAAAACCGUUAAACCCCAAGAAUAUAAACAAAACUGCCAAAAUGACUGAAUCCCCGGUACAAGAGCAGGUGAUGAUGACCCCAAAAUGCAAAACAGCAAAUUCCACAACCCUAAUAAUCGAAAGGAGGGCGGUAAACAAAACAAAUGACAAAAUGCACGUGGCGGGAGGAGAACACACUGGAAUCAUUAUAAACAAAGAAACAUCAACAGAAAACGGAGAAAUCAUCCCGCCGCAGCUGUCGCUGGAGUUUCGAGUGUUCCUAGUCAACGGCCAGACCGGAAAGCACACGCAAGAAUCUCGUUGCCUGAGGUUUUGGUUCCGGGCGGCGAAAGACCCGGAGAACGAAGACAAUGGAGCGGGCAUCGCACAAGACUUUUUCCGGGAGCUGGUCAGCCCGCAGGAAUUUCCCAGGGACUACGUGGGGUUCAUAAAAAAAAUCAUGAAGCUGAUGCAGCACAAUUAUUGGACCGUAAGCAAGUUGGAGGUGGAGCUGAAGCAAUUGGAGGAGAGUGCCGUGCCUGCUAGACCGCUAUCAUCUGAAGAGAGCUCCCUGACCACCGUGAUCCUCACGAUCGAAAAGGUGCUGGAAAUCGUGGAAUCUUCGUACCCCAACCCGGUCACCGUCCAGGACAUAUCCCGCGACAACGGAUGGGACGAGGAGGAGGUGUCCCAUCACUUAAGCGAGCUGCAGUCCCGCAACAUCGUGAAGGCCAUGGAACACGGCGCCUUCACGCGGCAACAGUCGCAAGACGCCCAAGUCACCAUCGUCAAACAAAUGCCGACGAUGGCGUCCAACAAACAGCCGACGAUCGCCAUCGUCACGGCGCAGUACUGCGAGAAGCUGGCCGUGGACGCCAUGAUCGAGAACAAGGAGACCUUCGUCAGGUACACGACAGUCGGCGAGUCGAAUGUGUACACUUUGGGCAACAUUGGGGCGCACAGAAUAGUGUGCACGAAGUUGCCUAGUGUGGGACACACCCGGGAGGCCAUGACGGCCGCCGGAAAUACUACGACUCGACUGCUGGGGACCUUCCAGAAAGUCGACUACGUAUUUCUGGUCGGAGUAGGCGGCGGUGUCCCCCACUACACAGACUACAACAAGCAUGUCCGAUUGGGAGACGUGGUCAUAUCCUGUCCCACCAAAAACAAAUACGUGUAUUUGUACUGCGAAAACGCGACAGCCAAAGAAGGCGGCUUCGAUUUCGAGAUCAAACCGUACGGGCCGCAGAAUCUGAACCUGCAGCGCAUCGCCGAACAGUUGAAGUCGAACGCGGAGACGUCUGGCAACGGCGCCUCGUCGCCGCCGCCUUGGUUGAACUAUCUCAGGGACGGACUGAGCGUUUUGGGCAGCAACGAGUCGGAUUUCCAGGCCCCGAGCGCAGACACCGACAAGUUGUUUAUGAGUAUAGGGGAGAAGGAUCUCAUCGAGGUUUCGCAUCCCGUGCCGCAGGACAAGUCGCUUAAAAGGCUAGAAGGCUGCCCCCGGCUGCACCUCUCCCCCAUCGCGUCCGGCCGCCAGGUGGUCAAGGACGACCGCCUGCGCCAGCAGUUCGCCGCCCAGGUGGGCGCCCUCGCCUUCGACUGCGAGUUCGACGCCGUCAUCGAAUCCGUGCUGGGCAACUGCAAGGACAGCUUCGUGUGCAUCCGCGGCAUCUCCGACUACAAGGACGGCACCAGGCGCAAGGAGUGGCAGCCUUUUGCCUCGCUGGCCGCGGCGGCGGUCAUGAAGGCGCUCAUCUGCGGCAUGGAGGCGCCCACUAACGUUUAGACUCGACUGAAAGUUUUCCAUUUGUUUUUCAACUCAACAUCGACGUUUUUAUCAACGUAGGCCUACGUUUUAAGGUGCACCAACAAUUCUAGUUCAAUCUAAAUCAAUUUUAUCUGAAGAUAUUGCAAGCAGAACAUGUACGUAUUUACAAUAUUUAUAUAACCUCUUUUUUAUGAAUUAUCUAAACUUGACAGACUUCUUUUUGACAGUCCCAAUGACAUUGAAAACCGUAGAUUGACAAUUUUUUCGAAAGUUGUUAUUAAACGAGGUAUUUUACAAAAAGCGUCUAAAGUCUAUUCAAAUCCAAGCUGGACUAAACAAAAACGCCCAGAUGCGUGAUAACUCGUUUCUAUUGGUCGAUUCUGAUGGUGUGACUCGGAUUGUGAGCUCUUAUUGGUCGAUUCGGAGAAUUGUGUUUACAUUUAGUACAGCUUAGAUUUAAAUAGACUAGUCAAAAAUCUCUAAUAAUCAUA